AUGGGUAACCAUAAAUAGGGUGACUCUAAAAAUAGAUCAUAAGUGUCUAACAGAAAAACCAGCAGUAGUAAGGUUUAUGGCUUCUAAGAUGAAACUACUAAUAUCCCUUGCUCUACUGGAAUCUCGUAGGAAGAGGUAGUUAGCAAGAUAAAUAUACUGUGGUCGAAGAAGAAAGAAAUGUGGCAGCAAAAGCAAGAAGAGAUACUUAAAAAUAAACAAACAAAGACUAUUGAUAGUGUGUAGUUGCCUGAUAGGAAAACCCCUAGAAUCAAGAAAAAUUGUAAAAAUCAAGAGGAAACUAAAUAGAGUCAAAAUGUGAUGCUCUCAGAAAAAUCAAAGAAUAAUGACAGAUACUAUCUUGAGAACAUCUAGAAAAGAAGAGCAUCCAAAGAAUAUGAGAGGGGACAAACAUUUAGAGAAAGAAAAAGGUCUAAAUCGAAAAAAGAUGAUGAAUAAAGCACAAGUUGCACAAGUAAAAGAGAUGAGAAUUUAUUUAAGCAAAUCAGCUCAAGUAAACUAUUCAGAGAAGAUUCUACUCUUAUUGAAGACCUAAAGCUGCACUUCUAGGACGAAGAUGUAUAAUGCUUUGAUAGCUAUAUGAACGAAAGUUAGACUAAUAAUAGCAACUUAUACGGUCUCCCACAAAUGAGAAAAAGCAAUAGUAUGUCGCACUUUGAGCAAUAUAGCAAUAACUACUGGGAUAAGGUUCAAAGUACAGUAAACACUUCUCAGAAUUUACUUUCUCACCAAAGUUAAUAUGCCUCAACAACUAAAAUGAACCUGAGAAAAAAUUAAGACCCUAAAUUGACUCCAAGGCAAAUUUUAAGUUAAUAUAGAAUAGCAUCAGGGUCUGGUUCAAUUUCAAGGCAAAAUAAAGAGUCACAGGCUACUUUAAUUAGUUCAGGUAAGUCUACAAACAAAGGAUAUAUGGAGUAUCGAGCCUAACUAGAAAAGCAGGUUUCUGAUUUCACCUGUGCUUAACUUUAAAAAUUGAAAAAGAAGUAGUCUAGUGCUAAGUUAUUCUGA